AAUAUAUUUAGCACAACCAUAGUUCACAAUUUAAAAUACAGAUGCGUUUCUAACUUGAUUAUGAUUGUAUUUCGUGAGGUGUUAUAUAAAACAGCAAUGAGGUGAGGAAUUCAAAGGAUUAGAUGAACUCCAAACAUGAUCACAAUUACACCUUUACAGAGGCAGAGGUCGCCUGAAAAUCCCUUUUGCUCCCUUUCUCAAAGAUACCUUAGGAUAAAAUCCAAGAUGGCAGCGCCCAUGGUUUGCAACCACCGUGGACAUUUUUUGAAGAUAUUACAUCUUUUGCAUGGCAGACCACCAUUCAGCAGAGCAUUUUGUGACUCGUUUAUUGCUAAGAGUGUCAAAGAUUUGAUCGGUGUUGUGGAAAACGUCGGAAAAGAUUUUGAAGCAAAGGCAUGGAUCAGAGGUUUGAGACAACACAAAGGAGUUACAUUUCUGGAUGUUAAUGAUGGUUCAUGUGCUCAGGAUCUACAAGUUGUAGUCAAACCCCAAACUGUCCAUAAUAACAGUGAAUUUACAUUUGGUGGUGCUAUAGAGGUCAAAGGUCAGAUUGUGAAGAGUCAAUCUAAAGGUCAACCAAUCGAACUGCUUGCAUCUUCCAUUCAUGUUACAGGGGCAUGUGAAGCAGAGGCUUACCCCUUCAAAGCCAAGGUGAGGCAUCCCCUGAAGUACACAAGACAAUAUCCCCAUCUGAGAUCCCGCACACCCAUCAAUGGUGCCCUCAUGAGGGUACGAAGCUCCGCAACCCUUGCUGUUCACAACUUCUUUCAAGAUGAGGGAUACGUCAAUGUCCAUACACCGGUGUUGACCUCCAGUGACUGUGAAGGAGGAGGAAACCUUUUCAGAGUUCAACCUUCAGAUGAUGAGAAAGACGAUGAUGAUCAUUUCUUUGGAACUCCUGUCUACCUCUUAGUGUCUGGACAACUCCAGCUGGAAACGAUAGCAUGUUCCCAUACUAAGGCCUACACGUUUGGCCCCACCUUCAGGGCAGAGAACUCAAGGACAAGACGUCACUUAGCAGAGUUCUACAUGGUCGAGGGAGAGAUUGCUUUCACUAAAUCAUUACAGGAUGUAACUGAGGUAAUGGAACAAUUUGUGAAAUCUGUUGCCAGUGCUGUGUAUACCAAGUGCUCAGAAGAUGUUCAGUUCAUCAGUGAACGAACCAUGGAAGGCACCAGAAACAUGGAAGAAGUACAAACUGCAUUGCAGAAACCAUUUAUGACACUGCCCUAUACAGAAGCCAUCUCAAUAUUGGAAAGACAUAAAGAUCAAUUUGAAUUCACGCCAUCAUGGGGCAUUGACCUGCAUUCUGAACAUGAAACCUUCUUAGUUCAUCACUGUGGAAACAUCCCAGUCUUUGUAGUAGACUAUCCCAAAGACAUUAAACCCUUCUAUGCCAGGCAGAAUGGCGAUGAUAAAACGGCAGCAGCUGUAGAUCUGUUAGUACCGAGGAUAGGAGAGCUGAUAGGUGGUAGUUUAAGGGAGGAACGCCUAGAUGUACUCCAGCGUAGAAUACAACACUCAGGACUACAGGAUGAUUACCAAUGGUAUCUAGAUUUAAGGCGAUUUGGAACUGUUCCCCACGGUGGUUUCGGACUUGGCUUUGAGCGUCUGCUACAAUUCUUGCUUGGCGUGGACCACAUACGAGACGUCAUUCCCUUUCCACGAUUCCCCGGCUCUUGUCUUCUCUGAUGGUGGUAGUACGCACAAGUUAAACUGGUAUCUUGGGCCAUAUUCAAUUCAGAAUGGGGAUUAAUUCAGUAUUUUACUUAGUAUGUGGCUUAGCUCAGUAAAACGUUUUUCAUGUAUUCAGAUCACAUCUAAGUACUAUACUUUAGAAAGCCGGCUUUAGGCAAAAUACAGAUUGCCCAAGCAUUGUGACGUCACAUAGUUAUUCCAAAGUAAUGUGCAAUUAACUAAAUAAUUGUGUAUAGAAACCACGGACCUGCCAAUCAAGGCCUCCAAAAUAAUAUGCUCAAGUCUGCUUGAUGGCCGUCUUCAGUUUAAGGUACGAUACUCAGCCAAAAGCUUUAACCGAAUACCAAAGUUGGCUAAGUAUUUGAGCUAAGCUGAAAACUUAGUAAAAAACUAUAUUUUGAAGAUAAUCAGUGAAUUAAAUACUGGCCCAGAAUCUUAACAGAACCAAGCAGAAUACCAAUGAACUGGCCUGAGUCAGACUACUAGCUAUAUUGGAAUGUUUGAAACACAUGUCUAGCUUAAUGACUAAACUGCAUGGGGCAAGGGUACUGAAAGCUUUCUUUCCCUUUUUGAAUAAGGAAAGUGAUGUGUAUGUAGUGCAUGAGAAUCCUUUGCAAAUAUUGAGGCAUCAUCUAAUUUCAUGAAAGUUUGAAUAUCAUUGUUUUGUCAAGGCUUUCCCCUCAAAGAUUCAGUUUUAGGCUCAGAUAGUGUCAAGUUUCAACAGAAUUUGAGGAAACACUUUUAUUUAUUAUCCAUACAAUGUGAAAUGUAUGCCACAAAUUAUAGCCUUCUAAAUACCUCCUUGAAAUUGAUCAUGAGAGGAGAAUGUAAACCACAAAGAUUUAUUCUGAAAUGCUUGUGUAUUUGAAAAAUGACAAAUUUGGUACUAAAAGUGCUAAAAACACUGUACUGAUUGUAAUACUAGUAAUCGAUUUAAAGGCAGGACAAAAUGUCUACCUUGUCAUUUUGAACAAGAAAGAUGGGUAAUUUACUUUAAAAACACAUACUUCUGCUUGAAAUUUCAUAGAAGGAAUAUAAGCAAGACUGACCCAUUUCUGCAAACCUGUUAUGUUUUAUAACAAGUAAGCCAUCAGAAUAAAAUAUAAUGAGAUUUGUUAUGCCAAGAGAAUAAUUAUGUGAAGUCUUCUUAAGACGUUUCUAUGGCACAUAGAUUAAAAUAUAUGUAUAAAAUAUGA